AUGGAGGACGAAGAGGGUUACACGGUAUUGAACCUUCAUCCGAAGAUGACAUCAUCAGACCGGCCAUGUCAACCUGGGACCCAAGUUUCUCAGCUCAAAGGAUCUCUGAAUUCACUGGAGAACAAGGGUACCAGGGAGACACUCAUCCAUCAAUCCAACUGCUGCACUGGCCUAAAAGAUUUCCAUUUCCUCUUGAAACAAUUUGUGUGUGAAUCAUCUCACAACAACUCAACAGAGGGAUCAGGGUGCAAGCUCUGCCCCCCAAACUGGCUGCUGCGCAGGGACAAGUGCUACUGGGUGUCUAAAGAAAAAAAUCCCUGGGACAAGAGCCGCGAUGACUGUUCAAGGAGGAGCUCUCGGCUGCUGGUGAUCCGGGACCAGGAUGAGAUGACUUUCAUUCAAAAUGCUACCAAAGGCACAAACCAGCUCUGGCUUGGACUCACUGUUACAUCCCCUGCGAGGAAUUGGAUUUGGGUGGACGGCUCCCUGUUCAAUCCAACACUGUUCAAUGUACAGGAUCCUGCUGAAGGGAACAGCUGCGGGAUGAUAAAACCAGCUGAAAUUUAUUUUGAAACCUGCACUAUUGUAUCUAAAUGGAUUUGUGAAAAAGACGCUCUCCAGAUAUAG